CACACACCCUUGCAUCUGCAUGACUAGAGAAGGAGAAGCGGUGCAUCCUUGUGCGAAUUGAUUCAUUGCAACAUUGGUCUAAACAGAUGCAGCGGAGGCGGCACAGACUUUGACAAGUUGACACUAACAGGCUGGCUUUUGUCGUGUUACCUGUCACCUUUCGCGGCCACAUCAGAAUCAACCCCAGGCAAUCAUUGACAUCUGUUGUGCCACAAGAGGGUUCUCUUCUUUGAGCCUAUUUCAAUUUCAACUCAAAGAGCGGCGAGCUUCCACUGUCGACCUGCGAUCCUGCGAACUUUUGGCUAGAGGGUCUCCCACGGUAGAGGUAACGUCGACAUAAGGUCCGAUGCAUAUUUGAUGCAGUACGUUUUUAAACCCUAGCAAGAAGGCACCUAUCAAUUCCGUCUAUGGAUCAAUCCCAAAAGGAAAAGUACCGAGUCAUCGAAGAAGCUUGCAGGCUAGGUGACUUCGACACCCUGGUCAAGCUAGCAACUUCAACCGGUGGCCUUUUGACCGACGAACUUCGCCGGCAAGCUUGGCCGAUUCUAUUGGGUUGCAACAACGAGUCCACAGGAACUGAACAACAACACUCGAAUCAGGCUUGGAGGGAACUACCCCGGCAUCCCGAUGAAGACCAAGUUCAGCUCGAUGUCGAUCGCGCUUUUGUUUACUACCCAAAAGAUGAAUCCGAGCAGUCUCUCGACAGGCGGAAGACGGAACUCUCCAAUGUCAUUGUCUCGACACUGAGAAGUCACCCGAUGCUUUCGUACUUCCAAAGCUAUCACGAUGUCGUACAGGUGCUUCUCCUGGUGCUUGGGGAGCCAUAUGCCCGCCUUGCCGUUCCACGAAUAUCUCUCCUGAGACUUCGCGACUACAUGCUGCCCACGAUAUCUCCCGCGAGGAGACAUUUCGAGGUUGUCUCAGCCAUCGUCAAGUCUGCGGAUCCCGAACUAGCCGACCACAUAUCUGAAGCCGAGAAUAGCUUUGCACUCUCGGCUACUCACUCUUUAUUCGCCCACGACAUCCAAGACUAUGGCGCCAUUGCGCGGCUGUACGAUUUUCUGCUUGCACACGAACCAGCCAUGAGCCUUUACUUGUUCGCCACUGUGACAAUCUCAAGACGGUCUGAGUUGUUCGAGAUGCCUGCUGAUCAAUCGGACAUACUAACCUUUAUGAUAUCCAAACUGCCACAGACUCUCGAUAUUGACGUAUUAGUUCAAGACACGUUGAUUCUGUUCCGCAAACACCCACCACAUAGUCUUCGAGGUUUCAUCUGGUGGCGCCUGUCACGAUACAGCGUCCUCAAGACAUCGCGCAGUAUUGGUCAGCAUCAGAGCCUGGAGGAUGCGGAACGUCUGGCUCAGAAUCAAAUCGAGCAGCUUCGUAGGGAGGAGCAGCUACAGAAGAGGAUGAGAUCACUGGCGAAGUACAGGAGACCAGCCCUGUCGUUGACCACUGCUUUGCUCAUUGGAGCAAUCUCUUAUUGGAUCAGACGAAAUGGACAGGACAGAUUCAUUUGGACCAUUAUCUCCUCAACAACACGACUCUUCUCGCAGUGAGACUUAUGCAGACCGGUCAUAGGUCACGGAGGGCGAAACCGGGAAGCAGAGCUCGCGACAUUGGAGACGUCAAUGUCAUCCUCAAGCUGAGAAACACCAGCCGCAAAGGUUAGCGGCAAUGGGUGACUUCCAGCUAGUACCGACCCUCCGCUUCGGGCGUGCAGGUGAUGUGCCAUCUUCAGCUCAUUAUCCAUCUUCAGGCGAGCUUCUUUAUCAUCCCGAUUGGAGCUCUAAUUGUGUUGGCUGGUUCUUAGACGGAGGGAAAGACCUCGCCUAAGCCAUUGCGGACAAUCGGAACUGUGCUACUGGAGCUUCCAGCUGUAUCAUAUGAUUUC